AUGCAGGGCGACGACUCAGACGGCGCGAUCGGGGGCGAGCGAGUGGCCGCGCUGAGAGCGGUGCAAGCGCGCCGGCAGGAGCUGCUGCAGGCGUUGCGGGCGUUGGAUGAGGAAGAUCGACGGUUGAGAUUAGGCGAGGGGCGAGAGACGGAGGGGGAGAGACGGAGAGAAGGGGGUGAUGACGGAAAGCGGAAGCAGGAGACCCGAGAAGCGGAGUGCGGGCAAGCGGGCGGAGGGAAGCGCAGCGGCGGAGUGGAGAGCGCGAGCGGAGCGGAAUCGAAUGCGCGCUCGCUGACUGGUGACGGCCCCGCGAUUGGGGCGGUGGAGGGGGGGAAUGGCGGGGAUAGAGUCGAUGGCGGGCUACCAAGGGGGAACGCAGGAUUUGAGGGAGCGGGAGCAGAAGCGGGUGGCGGGGCGGGCGAGGAGGGGCGCAGCUUCGAGGCGGAGCAUGCGUUGAGCGCGCGGGAGGUGCAGCGCUACUCGCGGCAGCUCAUGCUGCCGUCGUUCGGCGUCGCAGCGCAGCAGCGGCUGAGGCGCGGGUCAGUGCUGGUGGUGGGCGCGGGCGGGCUGGGGUCGCCGGCUGCACUCUACCUCGCGGCGUGCGGCGUGGGUGCGUGCGGGGGGGCGAGGGGUGGGGGCAGUGAGGGUGGUGAGGGCAGUGGGGCAGGGCGAGUGGGGGGACAGUGCGGGCGGGUAGUGGGGGCAGUGGGUGAGUGUGACGUGGAUGUUGAUGGUUGCUGCGGGCGGCACCAUGUUAUGGUGCUGGUUGGUUUGGAGGACGACGAGUGGGCCGCGGCGCUCCAUGCCUGGCGCAUAGGCAUCGUGGACAGGGAUGACGUGGAGCUGUCCAACCUGCACAGACAGAUCAUCCACUCGGAGGCGGCGGUGGGUCGCCCCAAGACAGAGUCCGCUGCUGCUGCCUGCAUAAGGUUGAAUUCGGACAUCACAGUGGAGACGCACAGCCACGGCUUCACACCCGCCAAUGCUGUCCACCUCGUUUCCAGGUACGAUGUGCUGGUGGACGCGUCUGACAACGUGGCCACGCGCUACCUCGCCAGCGACGCUGCUGUCGCCGCCCGCAAGCCGCUCGUGUCAGGAGCAGCGCUGGGCACGGAAGGGCAGAUAACGGUGUACUGUGCCUCGCCCACGGCGCCGUGCUACCGCUGCCUCUUCCCCUCGCCGCCUCCCACCUCCGCCUGCCAGCGCUGCUCCGAUAGCGGCGUGCUGGGCGCAGUGCCGGGGGUGAUAGGCGUGUUGCAGGCAGUGGAGGCGGUGAAGGUGGUGGCGGGCGUGGGGUCGCCCCUGUCAGCGCGCAUGCUCGUCUACGACGCCCUCGCCGCCUCCUUCCUCAACGUGAAGCUGCGCAGCAGGGCGCCAUCGUGUGUGGCGUGUGGGGAGGGCGCCAGCAUGACGGCACACAGCAUCAGCGCCUUCGACUACCAGGCCUUCACCUCCUCGCCCUUCCACGACCAGGGCCCCAAGUCCCUCUCUCUCAUCCCUCCCAGCCAACGAGUGCCGCCCGCCACUCUCCUCGCCGCCCGGCAGCAGCGCCGCCCACACGUGCUGCUGGACGUGCGGCCGCCCCACCUCUUCUCCAUCGCCCACCUGCCCGGCGCCAUCAACACGCCCCUCGCCACUCUGCCGGCCGCCCUGGACGAGAUCAAAUCAGCCGCCCGGGCAGCUGCCACGUCAGCAUCGUCCACAUCAUCACAGCAGGCACCUGCAGCGCCCGGUGAGCAGGCGGCAGCGGCAGAGGAGCAGCAAGGAGCUGGGCGUGGGGGGGAGGGAGGGGUAGGGGCGGAGGCGGCGGUGUUUGUGGUGUGCCGGCGGGGCAACGACUCACAGAGGGGGGUGGGAGUGCUGAGGGAGGCGGGUGUGGGGUCGGCUGUGAGUGUGGACGGUGGCAUGCUCGCUUGGGGGGCUCACAUCGACCCCUCCUUCCCCACCGUCUGA